GCCGAUGAAGCCUGCGACCCCAGCACCUCGUUGACCCCUUUCUACCGGGCGUAUUCCGCCUCCGCCAUCGAUCAUUACUAUACCACCUCGUCCGAACAGCUCAACAACGCCGUCACGAACCAUGGCUACGUCUUCCAAGGUGUCACCGGCAACGUCCUCGCCUCCCAGUCCAAUAUCACCGACUCGGAGCCGCUCUAUCGUCUCUACAGCUCCACCGCUACGGACCACUUCUACACCGCCUCUGCGGCGCAGUUGGACACGGCUGUGAACACCCAUGGGUUCACAUUCGAGGCGGUGCAGGCCUGGAUAUAUCCGAGUCAAGUGUGCGGGAGUAUCCCGCUGCUUAGGAAUUAUAAUGCACAGGGGACGGACCAUUUCUAUACGACGAAUGAGACGGAGUACGAGAGUGCGGUUGCAGGAGGGGAUAAGGGCGAAGGUGUCGUGGGGCAUGUUUUACCCGCUUGA